GCGGUGUAGGAGAAGGCAGUGUCAGUGAUGUGGCCGUACCUCGCGGUGGCUGGGCUCGCCACAGCGUGUUAUACCAACGCCUUGUACGGCGAGUUUGUGCAUGAUGACGUGGUCGCCGUCAGUCGCAACCCUGAUGUCUUGGGCUCGUCCAGUGUCUAUCAGCUGCUGAGGAACGACUUCUGGGGCACGCCUCUCGUCGACCCUCGCAGUCACAAGUCUUACCGCCCUCUCACUACUCUCACAUUCAGACUCAACUACUGGCUGUGUGGACUCCAGCCAGCCUCAUACCAUGGUCUCAACCUUGCGCUGCAUGUGACCUGCUGUCUGCUGUUUACCAGAGCGGCGCUGGUCGUGGCUGACUCAACUACUGGCUGUGUGGGCUCCAGCCAGCCUCAUACCAUGGUCUCAACCUUGCGCUGCAUGUGGCCUGCUGUCUGCUGUUUACCAGAGCGGCUCUGGUCGUGGCUGGUCUGCAGGCAGGAUUCGCCACAGUCGCUGGUCUAUUAA